CUCCUUCUGGUUUAGUCCUUGGGCUAGUGUGAAAGACCACGCAGAAGCUAUGGAGUCGCUUUUCUGUACUUGACAAAAAUGCCUAGAUAGAAGACAGGGAUUCCCGGCUGGGAGGAGGGAGGAAAGCUGAAGAACCCUGCCUGGGCUGGCUGACCUAAGCAGGCAAAGUGGGAGCUGAGUGCUCGAAAGAGGAUUAUGCUGGCACUAGAAAUGAGCAGUAAGUGAGCGAAUAACCAUGGUGGCUUAGAAAAGGUUUAAUCCCCGUGGGGCUAUGGGGUGAACUAGAAAAUAUUGCUUAAUGCUAGAGUAAAACUGUAAGAAUUCUGACUCUGUGUAGAGUUGUGUGCUGUGUGGAGACUAGGGGUUUCAGUACAGAAUCAGAGCUCUUAAUUCCUCCUCCCACUUUCGGAAAAUGCCAACACGGUAGUUGGGGAUAUAGUCUCCUUCCCUGACUUAGUUUCUUCCCAGGAAAAUGUACUACUAAAUCAGAUAAGGAGUUGGGAUUAAAUUGGAAAGGUGGAAUUUGCUAUUGGCAGAAAUUGCGAUUUUGAAUUGUGUUCUGUGAGUGCUAAAGUUUUUAUAUCAAUUAGCAGUGAUUUGCUAAUCACCAGAAAGUCUGGAGUGGGGCAUUAAAAAGGGAAAACUGAGAGUUUUAAUGACAAACAGGCUGAGUCGACCAUAUAUGGGGGAUGAAAUAUAAAAAUGUAUAUAAUUAAUGAUAGACUUUUUUAAAAGCAUUAAGCUAGAACAGCAGUCAGGGAACAUAGAAGUGCUUGGAUAAAAAUUACUUAAAAAAGAAGAAAUUUUUGUUUCAAUGACUUCUUGUGCUAGCCAAAAUUUUCACAAUGUUUACAAAGUCAAGGCAAUGAUUCAAGGAUCCUUCGAUUAUUGUCGUACAUUAUAAAUACUGUUGCUGGGCAAACUCUGUGGUUCUCUGGUCAGCAAGUUCUGGCAAUGAAGCCACUGCCGCUGGUGCAAAGAAUUCUGGGAUGUCUGAGAGUAAAAUGGAUGGAAGGACCCACAUUCCAUCUCUACUUAAUGUCCUUUCGUCCAGAAAUCGGGUCAUGCAAAUGAGCUACUUGAAAAGUAAAGAAAAAGGAUAUGGAAAACUAAGCAGUGAUGAAGACCUCGAAAUAAUUGUUGAUCAAAAGCAGGGAAAAGGCUCUAGGGCGGCAGAUAAGGCUGUUGCCAUGGUGAUGAAGGAGAUACCGAGGGAGGAGUCUGCUGAAGAAAAGCCCCUCCUUACUAUGACAUCACAGCUGGUGAAUGAACAGCAAGAAAGCCGACCCCUCCUGAGUCCCUCCAUCGAUGAUUUUCUCUGUGAAACCAAAUCGGAGGCAAUAGCAAGGCCAGUAACGUCCAACACAGCUGUAUUGACCACAGGCUUAGAUCUCCUUGACCUGAGUGAACCCAUCUCUCAAACCCCAACCAAAGCCAAGAAGUUGGAGGCCUCAUCGAAAACCUCAUCCCUGAAGAAGAAGGCGGAUGGAUCUGACCUCAUCGGUGCGGACGCUGAGCAAAGAGGCCCGCCUCUCCGAGGCCCAGAGACGUCUUCCCUAGACUUAGACAUUCAAACACAACUGGAAAAAUGGGAGGAUGUUAAGUUUCAUGAUCGAACUAUCAAGGGUCAUCCAAUGGCAGAGAGAAAAUCAUGCUCAUCUAGAACUGGUUCCAAAGAACUCUUAUGGUCCUCAGAGCACAGGUCUCAACCAGAGCUGAGUGGGGGAAAAAGCGCCCUGAACUCUGAGUCGGCUUCCGAGUUGGAAUUAGUGCCUCCAGCACAGGCUCGACUGACCAAAGAACAGCGCUGGGGAAGUGCAUUACUCUCCAGAAACCACUCCUUAGAAGAGGAAUUUGAAAGGGCAAAAGCAGCAGUGGAGGGAUAUUACUUCCACACUGAAAACCCCUUCAAGGACUGGCCUGGAGCAUUUGAGGAAGGCUUGAAAAGGCUGAAGGAAGGGGACCUGCCAGUCACCAUCCUGUUCAUGGAGGCAGCAAUUCUUCAGGACCCUGGAGAUGCAGAGGCAUGGCAAUUCCUCGGGAUAACCCAGGCAGAGAAUGAAAACGAACAAGCAGCUAUUGUCGCCCUCCAGAGGUAGAUUAAGCUAAAUGCAAAAUUAUGGGCCCGGUGGACACUUGUUAAUGGAUUUCCUGUUGUUUCAGAUUUGUCUUUUGACCCUUAAGUACAUUGUAAAGAAUUUGGCCAGGAUAAGUACUGAAGUGCCACAUUUUACUUGCACUUACUGUGGAAAACAAGAACUUAUGAAGAAAUAAUAUUCCUAAAUCAUAAUGUUUUGUCACCUGCAAAUCAAUUGACCUUCAUUGGCUC